GGCAGGCAGGCAGGCUGGCAGGCAGGCAGGCAAAGCAGCUGCAGAGACCGGGGAACGCUGACAACAACGGAUAGGCUCAUGUUUGGAAAGUCAGAAACGUAUCAUUUGCCUAUUUUGUGACUUGAUGUCCAGAGAUUUCCAUUUGUAACCUUUUCGCUUAUCACAUUUUCUUUAUUUUUACGCAUGCGUGGGAAUAUAUUUUUCGUUCUCUCGACCUGAAAUGACUGCUAGUCGCCGUGUCUAGCCAAUGGUUACUGCGGGGGCUCCUGUCUUGUGGAUUAUCCCUCGUCGCCGAGCCAGUCGCAUGGUCGAGCCCGGAGGAGGCCCUGCUCUGCUGGAUGGAUGUGUGUGAAGCAGCGCCGCACUCCAAGUACUGAUGAAGACAAUGAUAAUGAUGAUGCUCGGGUUUCAUCGGCAGCGGGUAAACUGAUCUUGGAUGUUUGGGCUAUAUCGGCCCUACACAAAACAUUUUCUCAUACGGCAAACAUUAUAUUCCUUAAAAACUGGACGCCCCUGGAGCAGUUUAUGACGACCCUGGUAGGAGCGUGAUGAGCGCGCGCUUCCACUUGCCUGCUGGCAGAUCCUACAAUGUCCGGGCGACGGAGCUGGAGCGAGACAGACAGCACACACAGGUUGUGUGCAGUGUACUGCUGCUGGACAACACUGUCCAGACGUUCAAAGUCUGCAAGUCGGAUCAUGGCCAGGUGUUGCUGGAUGCUGUCUUUAAGCACCUGGAGCUGACUGAGAGAGACUACUUUGGCCUGCACUUGGCUGAUGACUCCUUAGAUGCGCCACGCUGGCUCGAUCCCAACAAGCCCGUCAGGAAACAGUUAAGAAGAGGGUCUCCCCAUAACUUGAGCUUCAGAGUCAAAUUCUUUGUGACAGACCCCAGUAAACUUCAGGAAGAAUACACACGGUACCAAUACUAUCUUCAGAUCAAGCAGGAUAUAGUAACUGGAAGAUUACCCUGUCCACACAACACAGCCGCACUGCUGGCGUCCUAUUCUGUUCAAUCUGAGCUGGGGGACUACAGUGAAGCGGAGCAUACAGCAGGCUAUCUGUCGGAAUUCUGCUUCAUGCCCAAUCCUCCGCAAGACUUCCACAAAGAGGUUGCCAAACAUCACCAGCAGCACAGUGGUCUAUCUCCUGCCCAGUCAGAGUUUAAUUAUCUGAACACAGCACGCACGCUGGAGCUCUACGGGGUAGAGCUGCACUAUGCAAGGGACCAGAGCAACACAGAGAUUCUUCUUGGAGUGAUGUCUGCCGGCAUUGUGAUUUACAAGAACAGGGUACGGAUCAACCAUUUCCCAUGGUUGAAAAUAGUGAAAAUCUCCUUCAAGUGCAAACAGUUCUUUGUGCAGCUAAGAAGAGAGGCGUCUGAGACCCGGGAAACACUGCUCGGCUUCAACAUGGUGAACUAUCGGGCCUGUAAAAACUUGUGGAAGGCCUGUGUGGAGCACCACACCUUCUUCAGGCUGGAUCGGCCCAUCCCACCACAGAAGAACUUCUUUGCUCACUAUUUCACCCUAGGCUCAAAGUUCAGAUACUGCGGACGGACAGAGGUGCAGUCUGUGCAGUAUGGAAAGGAGAAAGGCAUUAAGGACAGAGUGUUUGCCAGAUCUCCCAGCAAGCCACUGGCCAGGAAGUUGGUGGGCGGAACUGACUGGGAGUCGGUCAGCAGGAACAGCCUAUCAGAUGAGAGACUGGAGACCCAAAGCCUCCCAACUCGCUCGCCGCCAGGGACGCCCAAUCAGAACUCAAUGUUUGUACAAGAGGGCACACGACUACGCCCGUCAUCAGUGGGCCACCUGGUCGAUCAUGUGAUCCACGCUUCACCCAGCCUGCCUGUCUUCUCUUCUUCCAAUCACAAGUCGGCGUCGUCUACGCAGGCCAACAGCAUCAGCUUGGAUUCCACACCGUCCCCAGAGGGACUAGAUGGCCAACCUCCAGCUCUGCCCCCCAAGCAGCUGAGCAGGAAGACCUUGAGCCAGAUCAUCCAGGCCCACUCCCAGCAGAGCCUCCUGGAUAACCACCUUAACGAGAUGUAUGAUGUUCCGGUCAAUGCUGAUAAGACCACGUUAAAUGGAGUUGUCCCUCAUGAUAAUCUGGUCCUGAUCAAGAUGAGACCUGACGAACAUGGACGUUUUGGCUUCAAUGUCAAGGGUGGAGCUGACCAGAAGAUGCCCAUCAUUGUGUCUCGAGUGGCUCCGGGAACAUCAGCUGACCUGUGUGUGCCUCGCCUUAACGAGGGCGACCAGGUGGUCUUAAUUAAUGGACGGGACAUCUCUGACCACACCCAUGACCAGGUGGUCAUGUUCAUCAAAGCCAGCUGUGAGAGCCAUUCUGGAGAGCUCAUUCUAUUGGUCAGACCAAAUGCCAUCUAUGAUGUGGUGGAGGAGAAGGUGGACUCAGAGCCAGAUUUUCAGUAUAUUCCUGAGAAGUCCCCUCAGGACCCCACCCAGCUAGACCAGCAUGCUUUGAGGGACUCCAUGGUCACACUGAAGGAAGGCCUGAGUAGUGGAGCCAUAUUGGCACAGUUUGAUCAACUGUACAGAAAGAGGCCGGGGAUGACCAUGCUGUGUGCCAAAUUACCUCAGAACGUUUCCAAAAAUCGCUACAGAGACAUCUCUCCAUAUGAUGCCACGCGGGUCAUUCUGAAAAGCACAGAUGACUACAUCAAUGCAAAUUACAUCAAUAUGGAGUAUCCAGCCUCAAGUCUUAUAAACCGCUACAUAGCUUGCCAGGGCCCCUUGCCAAACACUUGCCCCGACUUCUGGCAAAUGACAUGGGAGCAGGGCUCAUCUAUGGUGGUCAUGCUGACUACACAGGUUGAGAGAGGACGGGUGAAGUGUCACCAGUAUUGGCCCAAUCCAGACAGCAGCACCACCUACGGAGACUUUACUGUAAUGUGCCACAAUGAAGAGGGCAACUCUGCCUUCCUGGUCCGGGAGAUGACUCUCAUGCACAUACCGAGUGAGCAGCAGAGAGAGCUUACCCAGAUUCAGUACCUGGCUUGGCCAGACCACGGCGUUCCCGAUGACUCCACCGACUUCCUGGACUUUGUGGCUCUGGUACGGACCAAACGGGCUGGACAGGACCAGCCAAUGGUGGUACACUGCAGUGCGGGGAUUGGUCGGACAGGGGUUCUGAUUACCAUGGAGACUGCAUUGUGUCUAAUGGAGUGUGGUCAGCCUGUGUAUCCUCUAGAUAUCGUCCGGACCAUGAGAGACCAGAGAGCCAUGAUGAUACAAACACCUAGCCAGUACCGCUUUGUAUGUGAGGCCAUCCUGAAAGUCUAUGAGGAGGGCCUGGUCAAACCGUUCAAGACCGUUGUCUACCAGCUGAGAGAAAAGGUGGAUGUUGAGAGGGAGGAGGAGAGGAUAGAGCAGCAGAGGGCAGGAGAAGGAGCAGAGACGGCAGCAACGGAAGAGGGGGAGGCGGCUGUGGUGGAGUUGCUGGAAGGAGGUCUGGAUGAAGAGGACGACGACGACGAAGAGGUGGAAGUGCUGGAUGUGGGGGAAGUGACAGGGGAGGAGGAGGAUGAAGAGGAUGAGGAAGCGGAGGACCCAAGCGUUGCCAGCGCUGCCAGCGCUACCAGUGUGAUGAGCGAGACCAGCGUGAACCCUGACCCUGACCCUGAUCCUGAUCCUGAUCCUGAUCCUGCGAACCCGUGACUUUGACCAUUGGCAGUCAUCAGGGGUUACCAUGAGGAGGCCAGGUGGCUUGGAGGAGAGAACAAAAGCACUGUUGCACUUUAUGCUGACAAAAAUGGGGGGAAAACACACAAAAACAAACAAACAUGAAAGUCAUGGACAAGCUAGAAUAAAAAAAGAAACCCAGCUGUGUUAAAUAGGUACCAUUAGGGGAUAUUGUAUGUUCAGGGUAAAGAAAAAAGUCUACAAAGAAUGACAAGAUAAAAGUACGAGAGAAUAAAAUGUGGAUGGGGAAUUGCUGUAGUGCCAUAAGUACGAAGGGGAAGGGCUGCCCCAAUGGAUGGAAAGGUUUUUUUUUUCCCGUAAAGGGUCGCCCUGUCCCCUUCUGAGCAAGUCUGCCAGACGGACCUGCCUUUUUUAGUGUCCUUUUAGCUGAUAAGGAGAUAUACCUUAUCCCUUUUUUUUUUCCUCAGAAAGAGUAUUUAUUGUGUUUUUAGUUUGUGUCAAACCCUGUCCACUGAACAAAAAAACAGUGUAUGUUUGUUUGUAUGAAUCCAGAGCUUCAUGCUUUCCAGAGUAAACCUUAGGUAGUCAAGUAGUGUGAUUUCUCUUCUUCUAACUACUUCUUUAUUUCUUUUGCGUUUCGUAAAACAAAAAAACAAAAAAACUGAUUUAAUUUAUUGUACUUGUUUUUUUUUUUUUUUAUCUUUCUCGGCUUUCUCGUCUCCAGUUCCUGACAGCAAAGACUGACAGAUGGACAGCUGAAAGCACUCUGUGUCUCACCUCUUGUUCAAUGCUGUGGCGAGUUGUAUUCUUGAUCCUGCGUUGUGCUGUGUUUUUGAGCUUAAAGACAGACACGCGUGUGCACUCUGAAGCGCCCAUCAUUUGGCGUGGUGGAGAACAUAACUGGUUUACAAUCCUCAGGGCCAGUGUUUACUGCGCACCUCUCUUUUCCUUCUGUCACAGCGUCUACUGCUACUCUACGACUAAAGACCUCCCGCUGAAAGACACGAUGAUAGAAGAUCACUAACUUUCAGCGUUGAUUGAUUAUUCAGAAGAAAAUUAACGCCGCAUUGCAUAAUGCUCAACAGCACAUUAAUUUCACAAGAAAAUGAAGCCUGUGUCAUGAAGAGAGGCCCCAGUAAACACAGCCUCACUGAGUUACAACUCUUAAGCUAUUAGCCGUCGUGGCUAGUUAAGCUAAGAAACUAGGCGGAGGUCAGUUCAUUUCUUUCAUCAAAUUCACAUGCAGUCCAAUAUGACGUUUAACUUGAACCCUGGGUCCCUGCUGAUGUGUCCUUGAGCCAGACACUGACAACAAUGAAUUUGACGCUCUGUGGCUUUACUCUGAUUGGCUCUUCCUUUCAGGCUAAUGUAGAGCCACCUUGUUGUAACCCAAAUGUGUCUUGCAUGCUUUGCACAGGUCAGUAUGUUAAAACCUGAGAAGCAGGUAGUGGUCAUAGUAGUACCCAAAACAAUCUGACACCAGUAACAUUCAUUGGUUCUCAAGGGGUUAAAAGCUGCUGGAAUUUUUCAUUCAAUCAGUGUUUGCUUUUGCUUUUUAGAACUGCUUUGUGAAUUGACAGUGAACUGAUCUCAACCUCCGUGUGAAUGGUAAAAAAUAUGACUUUAAAAGCUCCCUCCACUGACCUCCCCACACGUUGUUGUUAUUAUUAUUAUUUUUUUUACAUACAGAGGGUUGAAUCUCAUAAACAGGAGUGGACCUGGAUCACUCCUUAGACAUUUGCAGUUGAGACCGGUAGGUCAUCGCUUUGUGUGAGCCAUCAUAUGACCCAGCAUUAAACUCAGUAAGUUAUGUUUUUCCAAGCAAAUUUAUUUUUAUUUAAUACAUUUUUUUCUUUUCUUCCAAUGAGGUACAGAGGUCACUGGAGCGGGGCUUUAAACCAACCUUUGCUGUUGAAUGUUGUUUUUUUUCCUAAAUGUUUUCUGAUUGUCUGCCAGAGAACAUUUGACAGUUCAAAGAAGCAGCACAAACGGAACAGUCAACUAAUACUUUUCCUUUUUUUUUUUAUUGAUCUUUCCCAAUGGUACUUCAUUUUAAGGCACAUGUGUUUUAUGCCAACAUGUGUUAAUGAGUGAUAGGAGACUAAAAGUGAUGACUUGUAACUUUAAUUCACAAAAACCCAGCAUCAAGUUGCCUGUUGAGUCCUUUUUGUUGUUGUCAAAGUACAGGUCAAGCUGCCAUUAGUACUUUACGUAGCGGUAUGGAAUGAAGUGUAGCCUCUUCAUAAUUUCAGAUAUUUGUCAUAUCGGAUGCUUCAGUAUCUGCUGUCAUUGAAUUCUGCUGGAAAAACAUACUGCUGUGUGUGAGUGUGAGUGUGAGUGUGUGUGUGUGUGUGUACACUGUCUUAUCUCUUCCUCUCCCUCCUCCAUCUCUAACAUAUAGUCCGUUAGCUGUCUGGUGAAGCCUGCUUGUCCGUUAACUGGAAUGAAGGGUUGUGCCAUAAAGCCACAAACCGAAUCUAACCUGAUCUCAAGUUCUUCGGAAGAAACUCAGAUAGAGCCUACUUAGAGAGUGUAUGUUUUGGUUUUGUUUUGUAGUCUGUCCUAAGAACCAGGCUGAAUCUUUGCCUGUGAAACAUUUCAAACUAUGCUCUCACCUUCCUUUCCAAUGGGUGAAUCACACUCUUGCCACACGGAGAGGUAGGAUUAAAAAGAGCCUAGCUUUCCUCUUCUCUCAAUUUUUUUGUUAAUAUGUUUUAAUUUCUCCUAUAUUGCUGCCCUCUCCCCAAAUCAGCGUAACUCCUUCUCUCAGGCAACAUAAGUUAUUUCAGCAGAGCCCACACAACAUCAGUAGUCCAUUCUUUUCAUUGUUCUUCCCCAGAUGCCUCACUUUUGGAUCAUUUUACAUGGAUAUGGAUCGCUCUCCCUCUCUCCUGCAUGGCCUCAAGGCAAAUGACACACUGAGGGUGGCCAGUGAAUACCUGAUGUAAGCGUGUUCUAUUGGAAGCCCCUACAUGUACAGUUGUGUUCAAAAUAACAGCAGUUUGUUUAAAAAAAAAAAAAAGAAAGAAUAACACUCAAAAUCCUUAGAAUAACUCUUAAUUCCAUAAUACCAAUGCAUUGGGAACACUGCACAUUCAGUUCUAAAUCAAAACAUGACCAAAACAGAUCAAGUUUGUGUUCUACCUUUACAGAACGUGAAGAAAAAUGAAUAUUAGGUCAUCCAAAAAAAUAGCAGUAUUGGCAUUUUUCUUUACAAACGCAAACGUUUACUGCUUAAUUGGAAAAUAUCUCAAGGUUUGCUUUAUUUGGAAUCACUUCACUAAUAUUUAGUUGCAUAACCAUUAUUUCUGAGAACUGCUUCAUAUCUGUGUUGCAUAGAGUCGACCAACUUCUGGCACCUGUGAACAGGCAUUCCAGCCCAGGACGAUUGUACUACAUUCCAUUACUGCAUUAUUAUAGUCCUCUGCAUUACUGGGUUUUUGCCUCAGAAACAGUAUUUUUGAUGUCACCCCACAAAUGUUCUAUGGGAGUGAGGACUGGGGAUUGGGCUGGCCGCUCCAUAACAUCAAUCUGGUUCAUCUGGAACCAAGACUUUGCUCGCUUACUGGUGUGUUUUGGGUUAUUGUCUUGUUGAAAGACCCAUUUCAAAAGGCAUUCCCUCUUAAACAUAGGGCAACAUGACCUCUUCCAAGUAUUUUGAUGUAUUGGAACGGAUCCAUGAUCCCUGGUAUGUGAGAAAUAGGCCCAACACCACAGUAUGAGAAACAUCCCCAUAACAUGAUGUUUGCACCACCGUGCUUUACUGUCUUCACAGUGUUCUGUGGCUUAAAUUCGGUAAAUUGGGGUUGUUGGACAAACGGUCUAUGGCCCAUAAACCCAAAAAGAACAAUUUUGUUCUCAUCAGUACACAGAAUGUUGCGCCAUUUCUUCUUUGGCCAGUCAAUGUGUCCUUUGGCAAAAUUCAACCUAUUCAGUACAUGUCUAUUUUUCAGCGAUGGGACUUCGCGGAGGCAAUUACAGAUUCAAUUACACAGAAUGAGCAGCAUGCAUGUCAUGACUGUUGGGUCUGUUGGUUUUCUUUGACUCUACAGCACUUACUAUUAAAUUAUUUGCCAUGUAGAAAUAUGAUUUAUGAGGUUAGUGAUGGACUGCUAUUAUUUUGAACACGACUGUAUGAGCUAAUAAGCAAGAGAACAGCCAUUUAGCACCCAGUGGCUUCUCAUCAUCAGUUUUUGGAUUGAGCGAAAUCACCACCGAAUCCAAUUGAAUCAACGCUAAAGGCCUUGCAACAAAGUGGCACAAAUAGUUCAAAAAAACCUUGACAAUUUCAACAAGAAAAUAAGCAUUGCCCCCCCCCAGUGAAAAGUUAAUAACUGAUAAGUCAGGGCUGUCAGACAAAAUGUCCAGAAUGAGCCGUCUAUGUCCAAAGUGUUUUGAUGUUGACCCAUAAUUGGUAAUGUCUGUGUGCGUUUAGGUACUGAUCAAAGGUAGUUUGGAGGGACCAGACAUGGGGAGGGCCCUUGUUAGUCGUAUUUUUGUAAAGAUGAAAACCGCUUUAGUUGGGUAGGGAGAGGACAGCACUUUGUAGAAGGCUGAGUGGCAGGUAGUGCUAAUGAGAUGAAGAAAAAAAAGAGUUGGAGACAUAAUGCAUUGUUAAAAUGAAAUUACAUUUUUCUUUUUUUUGUCAUUUUUAUUUUGUUUAAAAAUAAGACCUAUAGGGAAAAAGAGAAAAGAACUCCUAACUACACAGUGCCACUUGUUAAUUUUGUGUAAAUAAUACUAGACCAUGUAAAUACAAUGUUGUAUAUGAAAAAAAAUCUUUAAAAUAAAAGGGAAAUCAUUUGUGAGCAGAAAGAUAUUGUUUUUAUUUGAUUUUUCUUUUCCUUUUUAGAUGACUCAAAUGUGACACAUAUGGAGUGUAAUUCAAGACUGCUAUUUCGAAGAGAAGUUUUAUUUGAGACGUAAUCUAUAACGGCGAGUGUGUAUAUAUAUAUAUAUAAUAUAUAUAUAUAAUGAAACCCCAAAUAAUGACAAAUGUUUUACCGUAUUAUACCCUUGGUUACCUUCUUACCUGUGUCAUAAAAUCCUUUGUCCUCAGUUGCUUGUUUCUUUCUGGUAUCAUGGUUUAACAGUGCUUUGUCUAUAAGCUUGAUUGUGAACAAUUAAAGCUUGUCUGUCAAA